AUGGACAGUUGGAGUACACCUUCCCGGAUCACUUACAAACGGUGGAGAGAUCCUGAACUGAGGGGUGAGGUAAACUUUGUGGGUCAAAGUGAUGAGGUUCAGGGCACAGACAAUGAGAUCUGCACUAUAGCCGCAGAAAGAGUCAACUCAGCGGGCAGAGAGUCUGCAUCAAAUAAAACUGAAGAAACCUUCACUCUUGAUGAAGCGUUGGAGGCUGUUGGCUUUGGAAAGUUCCAGUGGAAAAUCUCUCUUCUCACUGGACUGUCAUGGAUAGCAGAUGCCAUGGAGAUGAUGAUUCUCAGCAUCUUGGGCCCCCAGCUGCACUGCGAGUGGAAACUGCCGAGCUAUAUGGUGGCUCUCAUCACAGCGAUUGUGUUUGUUGGAACAGGGAUCAGUUCACCUCUAUGGGGGAAGAUAUCUGACAAGUAUGGCCGAAAAGUAGGGCUGACAAUUUGUAUGUGCUGGACCCUGUAUUAUGGCCUGAUGAGUGCCUUUGCUCCAGUGUAUGCUUGGCUCUUGUUCCUGCGGGGCCUUGUAGGGUUUGGCAUUGGAGGAGCUCCUCAGUCGGUGACAAUGUACUCAGAAUUCCUUCCAGUGAAGUCAAGAGGCACCUGCAUUAUGCUGAUUUCGGCAUUUUGGGCAAUCGGUGCUGUGUUUGAGGUCCUGCUGGCCCUGUUGGUUAUGCCCACUCUCGGCUGGCGGUGGCUGCUCGGCCUGUCAGCAUUACCAAUGGCAAUCUUUGUUUGCUGCUGCUUUUGGCUGCCUGAAAGUCCUCGUUUUGAUGUGCUAAUGGGAAAAAGAGAAAAUGCCAUGGCAACUUUAACACGCAUCGCCAAAGAGAAUGGCAAGACCCUACCUCCAGGGAAGGUGACUGUCUUUAAACAGAGUGAACGUGGACAGCUCAAAGACCUUUUCAUACCUCAGUAUCGGAGCACUACUCUUCUCCUGUGGUUUAUAUGGUUUGCAAAUGCCUUCUCCUAUUAUGGAAUAGUCCUGUUGACAACUGAGCUGUUCCAAAGUGGAGAUUCAUGUGGUACGACACAAGGGGCCAAGAUUGAACCAAAUUGUAGUGUGGAAUGCAAAUAUUUGACAUCAGCUGACUACAAAGAUCUUUUAUGGACGACCUUGGCUGAAUUCCCAGGUCUUUUAAUUAUUCUGGUAGUUGACCGUAUUGGCAGGAAGAAGAGCAUGGCAGUUUGUUUCUUCAUGUUUUCUUUGUGCAUUCUGCCCUUAUAUGCUUGUACUGGGAGGAUUGCUCUUGCAAUCUUCAUUUUCAUUGCCAGGGCCUUCAUCUCUGGAGGAUUUCAAGUUGCUUUUGUUUACACACCAGAGGUGUUUCCUACAGAAACCAGAGCCUUAGGAAUGGGGACUUCAAGUGCAAUGGCAAGGCUGGGUUCCUUGAUAACUCCCUUUGUGGCACAGGUGAUGCUCAGGACAUCAGGGUACUUGACCCUGUCACUGUACUGUGGCUGCAGUCUUCUAGCAGGUGUUGCAUCCUUGAUGCUGCCCAUAGAGACAUCAGGCAGGAAUCUGCAGGAGACCAAUCUUGACCAGGAUGAUGGAAAUCAGACCAACACAUCCAGUCAGUUAAAUAAUCCAACAGGUCCCUAUCGCCAGCUGUAG